ACCGAAAUAUUACGCUUCUGGGAUAUCGAGGAGCAGGAAGAUGCUGGUUCACCUCCGAGGUCGUCACUCCUUGUUCUUUGCUCUUUCUCUCCUUCUGUUUCAGUUCAAACGCUCUUCACGUCCAUUGACCGCGUUUCAUUCUUUCUCUCACUACACUUCCAUUUCGCCUCGUGAGCGAUAACAGCCAACAGCGCCAGUGCAAGAUGGAGAGUUUCGCACUCUCAGCUAGCGCUGGGAAUUGGGCGGAUGGGUUCAACUUGGACCUCAAAAAAGACAAGAAUUUGCUUGAGAUUAAUGGGCCGGUGAUGACGGGUGUUGAGGUUCCUGUUAUUCCCAAUCCCGAGGAAUAUGAGUAUCUCCCCGGACAUUUCAACGUUCGGUACGUCAUUCAGGAAGUGUCUUCGGAUAUAAGUCCAGAGCCUGCAUAUCUAGUCAAGCUUGAAAGUCGUGAGAUUGCCACGAUGUCCUCUUCGCAACUCCAGACGCUCGAAAAUGGUGUCGAUGCACUAUCAACCUUUCAGAACUCGCGCAUCUCAUAUCGAAAACCUUCCACCGAACCAGAAUCUAAGAGCGAGGAGGAAGAAGAAGAAGAAGAUGAGGAAAGCAUCACUUCAGAUUCUCGAUUGAAUGCCAGGCAACCAUCAAGGCGGGCGAAGAAACUCAAAUUCACAAAAUUCUUCGGUGUCAUCAGUAGCGAUGACGAAGCAGGGCACAAAUCAGAUUCAUCCGACGAUAUUUUAAUCUCGUCCCGGGCAAGGCGGCGCGGGCUUCGAGAUCGCCCACGGUACAGAAAAACUCUAGACAGCGAUUCUGAUAGCAGUGCACGCCAGGGAACCAGGUUCUCAACGAGACAUCGAAAACCCAUACGGCACAAUCUACGUGAGGUCUAUGAGGACGAUAUUUCAGAGUACGAAGCGGUACUGUCAAAACACCAGAAAUACGUCGGUGCUAAGGAGACAUUCGAAAAGAUUCCCUCAAGUGAUCCCUUCCGUCAGCGGCACAGGAGCAUUUGCGAAGUAUGUAACGUCAAGGGUGAUAGCUCUGACAAAGGACUUCUUGUUUUCUGUCAGGGCUGUACUGAUGCCUACCACCAAGCCUGUCUAGGUCCCAGAACAGCUCGGGAACAUCUCGUUACUAAAGUAGCGACGGAUAAGUUCAUUCUUCAGUGUCGUCGUUGCCUAGGGUCCGCUCACCUAAAAGACCCACAAUUCCCUCAUCAAGGUUACUGUACCAUAUGCAAUAAGAAGGGAGACAUGUCUGAGCCACUGAGAAAACGCCUCACGUCCAAACAAGAACAACAAUUGCGACAGGAGAACGGUGGAGAAGAUCCCAUUACCACAGUUGGUUCGUAUCUUGUCAACAAUCGGGAUAACCUGCUUUUUCGUUGCACUAGUUGCCACAGACCUUUCCAUUUCGAUCAUCUACCGAGUACAUCUUCAUGGAAGUGUUAUGACUGCCUCUCGCUACCAGGAGAGGUUGGUGCCAUGGUCGCCUGGCGCCCCAUGGAUACUGCCUCUGCGAAACCAUCCAAGGCCUCUGAAUCUGAGAGGGAAUAUCUCAUCAAAUGGAAGGAGAAGUCGUAUUCUCACUGUACUUGGAUGCCUGGUAGUUGGGUUUGGGGUUACGUGAAUCAUGCUAUGCGACGUGCGUUCCUGCGAUCGGAUAAGAGCCAGAUACCACGCAUGACUACAGAGGAAGCCAUUCCGGGCGACUACCUACGGGUAGAUAUCAUCUUUGACGUCAAGUAUUCUGAAGACCAAGACGACCUUCAUGUGUUUGGGGAAGACUACGAGGCCGAUCUUGAGCGGUUGGAUGACGUCGCCCAGGCAUUUGUGAAAUUCAAAGGCCUUCCUUAUGAAGACGCUGUAUGGGAAGUUCCUCCAGACCGCAAUGAUACGGAGAGUUGGAACGACUUCAAGGCUGCGUACGCCGAUUUUGCGAAGAGGUCCUACAUUGGAACGCCAAACCAAAGUUCUCUUCGAAAGCAUCUUGCAAACGUCAGGAAACAAAAGUUCAGGUCAAAGGACACUCAGCCAAAGAUCAUGACCGGUGGCGAAAUAAUGGAUUACCAGCGAGAUGGCCUGAAUUGGCUCUACUAUAAGUGGUUCAAACAACAAAACGCCAUUCUCGCCGAUGAGAUGGGUCUCGGGAAAACUAUCCAAGUGAUUGGUUUACUUGCUACUUUGAUACAAGACCAUAAAUGCUGGCCGUUCCUUAUUGUUGUACCAAACUCCACGUGCCCUAACUGGAGGAAAGAAAUCAAGACAUGGGUCCCCUCUCUUCGUGCGGUCACCUAUUACGGAUCAGCCCAAGCUCGACGAUUAGCCCAAGACAACGAAAUGUUCAUCAGAGGAGACCCAGAUCUUCGGUGCCAUGUUGUCAUCACAUCCUAUGAAACAAUGGUUGAUGACACUUCCCGAAGGGUUCUGUCCAAAAUACCUUGGGCUGGUCUGAUCGUCGACGAAGGGCAGCGGCUAAAGAGCGACAAAAGUCAGCUCUAUGAAGGAUUAUCGAAAAUGAAGUUCCCAUUUAAAGUCUUGAUGACCGGCACGCCCUUACAGAAUAACACGAAAGAACUGUUCAACCUUCUCCAAUUCUGUGACCAGAGCAAAAAUGCAGAAGAGCUGGAGGAGAAGUAUGGCACAUUGUCGAAGGAAAAUAUACCCGAGCUUCAUGAACUAAUUAGACCUUUCUUCCUGCGUCGCACCAAAGCUCAGGUCUUGACUUUCCUCCCUCCGGUGGCGCAGAUCAUAGUUCCCGUCACAAUGUCUGUUCUUCAAAAGAAACUGUACAAGUCCAUCCUUGCCAAAAAUCCUCAGCUUAUCAAAGCCAUAUUCCAGAGGGACGACUCGGACGAACCUUUGAGACAGACGGAAAAGCACAGUUUGAACAACAUCUUGAUGCAAUUGCGAAAGUGUCUAUGUCACCCUUUUAUUUACAGCAAAGCCAUUGAAGAGCGAACCACCGACCCCGAUGUAACCCACCGGAAUCUAGUGGAUGCUGCUGGAAAACUUCAACUAUUGGAGCUAAUGCUACCCAAGCUGCAAAACCGUGGCCAUCGAGUUCUAGUCUUCAGUCAAUUUCUUGAGAACCUGGAUGUCAUGGAGGAUUUUCUCGACGGGCUUGGUCUUCCGCACCGACGCCUCGACGGAAGGAUGAGCUCUCUGGAGAAGCAAAAGAUGAUCGACGACUAUAACGCUGAAAAUUCACCUUACUUCGCUUUUCUCCUUUCUACCAGAUCAGGAGGAGUGGGUAUCAACCUUGCUACUGCCGACACUGUUAUCAUCAUGGACCCCGAUUUCAACCCGCACCAAGAUAUGCAGGCGCUCUCUCGCGCUCAUCGUAUCGGGCAGAAGAACAAGGUUCUGGUCUUUCAGCUUAUGGUUCGUGGGAGCGCCGAGGAGAAGAUUAUGCAAAUAGGCAAGAAGAAGAUGGUACUCGACCAUGUAAUUAUCGACCGAAUGACCGCUGAAGACGAUGAUGGGCAAGACCUGGAGUCAAUUCUUCGUCAUGGCGCUCAGGCUUUGUUUGAGAAUGAUGACUCGAAAGAUGUUAUCUAUACAUCCGAAUCUGUCGACAAGCUACUUGAUCGCAGUCAGACUGAGCAAGCCACUACUCCGAAUGACAACACCCAUAACUCUGGAUUCAGCUUUGCGCGAGUCUGGGCGAACGAUGAUGAAAGCAUGGAUGAUCAGCUUCACGUCACGGAAGAUGAUCCAACGAUGAAUACUAAGACUUGGGAAAAGAUCCUCCAGGCGCGCGAACGGGCUGCUGCAGAGGAAGCAAGGAAAAAGGCAGAAAAUCUCGGUCGCGGAAAACGGAAGAGAACCACCGUGAACUAUGCCACGGAGGUAAACCCAUCGCCCUCCAAGCCCCGUGGCAGCCGCGAAGCGGAAAGCGAUGCCGAUUUCGACCUUGACGGGGAUGGUCCUGCGCCCAACUCUGACUACAGCAUGGAAAACGCAUUUGACGAUUUUGAACGUCCUAAUAAUGGACCCAAAGUUCAAUCGUUCAAGCGCGUUAUACCCGAGCUACAUAUUCCUCCUCCGAUGCCUGUACCGAAUGGCGUAGGUAUGGAUGGCCAUGUCGAUCGUAACGUUGACCGUAACGACGAUCCUUGCUUGGUUUGUGGUCGUAUCCACCCCGUCGGAUCUUGCCAACUGAAGAGAGCUGGCGUAGAGCAUUGCGGUCUCUGCGGCCUGGCGCAUUAUGGACAUGCCCGCACAUGCCCGCACCUGAGAUCGGAUGUCUACGUCUCAAGGAUGAUAGAAGCAUUGAAACAGAGCACGGAAGACCGCCACCUUGUUGCUUUAGCGAAGAAAUACUGCUACGGAAUCAAAGGUGACCUCGCACAACGCGAGAAACGAAAGUCCAGCAAAGCUACAAAUACUGAUCGUUCAAACACGGCUGCCACACAACCCGUGGUAGACUUGACGGGGCGUCCAGCAAAUGGACACGGGCAGUCGAACCCUGCUCAACCCGCUGCCUUGAACGACAUCAAGAUGUAUAAUGCCUUGAGCAGCUAUUUGUCUAAGAGGAAAUGAUUUUCUUUGUUAUAUGAAACGGCUGCUACACGGCGUGCUUUUCUUGGGUGGUGAUCUCAGCCCAAAGGCUUUUCUUCAGCGGGCAUUAUGGAGCUUAAUGGGAUUCGUCCUUAUGUGUUUAUUUAGCAAUAUUUUUCUAAUUGGCAGAAUUCAUCGAGGGGCGGUCGGAGGCAUAUAUAUAUGGGCUCAGUCACAAGUAGGUGGUAGGCUUAACGAACUAGUAAGCAAGCCGCGUCUGAUUCUCCAAUAUUUAUUCCCGAACUUCACUCCAAGCUUUCCGCUUCUUCCCAAUGCCCCGUCAAAUGUUCAGCUUUGGCAAGACGUCUAUACACUCCCCAACCCACUUACAUGCACUGAAUGGCUGAGACUUCCUGUGGACGGCGCUUAAAGAGAGCAAAGGAACUUGACUGCUAAGGAUGGAACAUCCCCCCAGCCACAUUAGCAUUGGGCACAAGGUAUGUCUCAGUGCCUCAAUUGCUGGGUAAGGUGCUGCAGUACUAACGACGUCUACUCGGGAUUUUCUUCAUUGUGCAACCUUUUGCUAGUUGAAUCGGCCAUCGAUUGUUCGAGAAGCGAACAGGCAUUUCCCCGGCCCCUGGACAGACGAGCCAAAUGAGAACAACGCUCGAAAGCCGGCUUUCCAGAAAAUGGGUAGGUACGCGGAACAAAAGAAACCCUCCAGGCAAGCAGCAGAGAGAACUGUAAAGGAAAUGAGAAAGCGCUGCAGCCAUCCGCGGGGGUUGGUUGUACUGACCAGCUAACCAAACCAUCGACAAACACUGACAGCAUUGAGUGGAUCAGUUAUCUUCUCUUUCUGGGAUCCCUCUGCUUUGUUUUUUUUUUUUUCUGUUUGACGACCCUGUGAUGAAAUAUCUGGGUGAAAUAUCUGGGUUUCCCGGAGCUCCCUUGUAUUCUGCCUUUCUUCCCCUUUGAUUCUUUUCACCACCAUGGAUUCUCUGUUAUAGAGGAUGGCUGCAAGAAGUGCCGAUCCGAUUAUAUAUACCUCUCGCUUCCUGGAGCCUGUUGCUAGUGGAAAGAAGCAGUGCAACCCCUCGCAUCCCCAGUGUUGGUCUCCCCAUUCCAGUGGCAGUGAAUUUCAACUGCGCCUAUAUGCGCGAAUAUCUAGAUAUCUUUGCCCUGCUUUGACGAAACUGGAUUUAUCAUUGUGCGAAAGAUUUUUAAUUUCAUGAAGUCUCUGUCUCUGUCUUCUUCUUCACUGUUCCUCUUACCUUCCCUUCCUCUUCUUCUUCUGCUCUUCCCCUCGUUCGCUCGCAUCCUUCCCCUCCCCCACCACCAACACUACCCCUCAAGCACCACUUACCAUAACACCAAUAUAGUCUUUCUUCAUUUUCCUGCAAGGGAGCUGUCGUUUAGCAUCUGCUAGACUUGCCAAGUCAACAUGUCUUCUUUGCCCCGUCCUCAGUUCUUCUGCACCCGCCCCAAUGGCGCCCUGACGCCUCUCAUUGCAGUUGACGAACUCCCAGCUCACAUCACUAUUCGCGGUGCGCCGCGUGUCUUGUCUCCCAACGAAACACAGGGCAUGACGAGCUUGGGAUCAGUGAGUCCG